GACUGGAGCAAGCUGUCUUAUCACCUUCCCGUCGUGAGAAGGGGAUCGUCCAGGAGUGGUUUUAUCUUCUUCGGGGCAAAGCUUCAUUUCUCCGACGCGAUUUCUUAUUAUCAAUCUGUUUUAAUUCCCCCCUCCUCCAUUCCGUUUUUCUCGCGUCGCUGAGCUGCAGUCGAUGAGCUCGCGAUAAGUCACGACCCGUGCAUCUUUUGACGCGACUUAGUCACGAAACUUCCAGCCCGUCCAUCAGAGCAGAGAGUGUCUUUCAUAUAUACAACCCAUUACCAUGGCAUCAUUGCCUCCCCCUCCGCCUCCGGGCUGGGGUGCGUCGGCGCCGCCGUCGAUGCCGUUGGCUCCUCCGCCACCGGGAUAUCAACCGCCUGCGGAUCCGACUGUCGCGAAGUUUGCCCAGAAGAAGAAUGAAUGGCUGCGGACGCAACGGAACCGGUUUGGCGAGAAGAGAAAGGGUGGAUUCGUUGAAACACAGAAGGCUGAUAUGCCCCCGGAGCAUCUGCGAAAGAUUGUUCGGGACAUUGGCGAUGUGUCGCAAAAGAAGUUCAGCAAUGAGAAGCGCAGCUAUCUCGGUGCGCUGAAGUUCAUGCCCCAUGCUGUGUUGAAGUUGCUGGAGAACAUGCCCAUGCCCUGGGAAUCGGCUAGGGAAGUUAAGGUAUUGUAUCAUGUCAAUGGUUGCCUUACCUUGGUCAAUGAGACUCCUCGUGUCAUUGAGCCCGUCUUUCACGCUCAAUGGGCUACCAUGUGGGUGUGCAUGCGGCGAGAGAAGAGUGAUCGCAGACACUUCAAGAGAAUGCGCUUCCCUCCCUUCGACGACGAAGAACCUCCGCUAUCGUGGUCGGAAAACAUUGAAGAUGUGGAGCCGUUGGAACCUAUUCAGAUGGAGCUUGAUGAGUCGGAGGAUGCUCCUGUCUAUGAGUGGUUUUAUGAUCACCGGCCUCUGCUGGAUACUCCCCAUGUUAAUGGGCCGAGCUACAAGAGCUGGAACUUGACACUUCCGCAGAUGGCCACUCUGUAUCGACUAAGUCAUCAGCUCCUGAGUGACGUCGUCGAUCAGAACUACUUCCAUAUGUUUGACUUGAACAGUUUCUUCACCGCUAAGGCACUGAAUGUCGCCAUCCCCGGUGGUCCUCGCUUCGAGCCUCUGUACAAGGAUAUCGACCCCAAUGACGAGGACUUCAGCGAAUUCAACGCCAUCGACCGUAUCAUCUUCCGCGCCCCUAUCCGCACGGAAUACCGCGUCGCCUACCCCUUCCUGUACAAUACCCUCCCGAGAAGCGUAAAGGUUUCUUGGUACUCUCACCCUCAAGUUGUAUAUGUCCGCACCGACGACCCUAAUCUCCCCGCCUUCUACUUCGACCCCGUCAUCAACCCUAUCUCCUCCCGGUCCGUCGCGCCGAAGAAUAUCACUGUCAGCCAUGAAGAUGAGAUUUUUGGUGAAGGAAACAACGAGGACGACUUCGAGCUCCCUGGCGACUUCGAGCCGUUCUUCUCCGAUGAGGAAUUGUACACACCCGAUACCGCGUCCGCCAUUGCCCUCUGGUGGGCUCCUCAUCCCUUCAACAAGCGCUCCGGCAAGAUGGUGCGCGCCCAGGAUGUUCCCCUCGUGAAGCAGUGGUAUCUGGAGCAUUGCCCGCAGGGCCAGCCUGUCAAGGUUCGCGUCUCAUACCAGAAGCUGCUUAAGACGUUCGUCCUCAAUGAGCUGCACAAGAAGAAGCCCAAGGCCCAGAGCAAGCAGAAUCUCUUGAAGACUUUGAAGUCGACCAAGUUCUUCCAGCAGACGACGAUCGAUUGGGUUGAAGCAGGUCUGCAAGUUUGCCGCCAAGGUUUCAACAUGCUCAACUUGUUGAUCCACCGCAAGAACUUGACCUACCUCCACCUUGACUACAACUUCAACUUGAAGCCCGUCAAGACUUUGACCACCAAGGAGCGAAAGAAGUCUCGUUUCGGAAACGCUUUCCACUUGAUGAGAGAAAUCCUUCGUCUCACCAAGUUGAUCGUCGACGCCCAGGUGCAAUAUCGGUUGGGUAACAUUGAUGCCUUCCAGCUGGCUGACGGCAUCCUGUAUGCUUUCAACCACGUCGGACAGCUUACUGGUAUGUACCGUUACAAGUACAAGUUGAUGCACCAGAUUCGUUCUUGCAAGGAUCUCAAGCAUUUGAUCUACUACCGCUUCAACUCGGGACCCGUGGGUAAGGGUCCUGGAUGCGGUUUCUGGGCCCCGGCCUGGCGUGUCUGGCUCUUCUUCAUGCGUGGUAUCAUUCCUCUGCUCGAGAGAUGGCUCGGAAACCUGCUGUCCCGUCAGUUCGAGGGUCGCCACAGCAAGGGUGUUGCCAAGACUGUCACCAAGCAGCGUGUGGAGUCUCACUUCGAUCUUGAACUCCGUGCAUCUGUCAUGGCGGAUCUCAUGGACAUGAUGCCCGAGGGUAUCAAGCAGAACAAGGUCAACACUGUCCUCCAACAUCUGUCGGAGGCAUGGAGAUGCUGGAAGAGUAACAUUCCUUGGAAGGUUCCUGGCCUUCCGGCGCCCAUUGAGAAUAUCAUUCUCCGUUACGUCAAGAGCAAGGCCGACUGGUGGAUUUCCGUCGCUCACUACAACCGUGAACGUAUCCGUCGUGGUGCCACCGUCGAUAAGACAGUUGCAAAGAAGAACCUUGGUCGACUCACUCGGUUGUGGCUCAAGGCUGAGCAAGAGCGUCAACACAACUACCUUAAGGAUGGUCCCUACGUGUCGUCCGAGGAAGCUGUGGCCAUCUACACAACUAUGGUCCACUGGCUUGAGUCUCGCAAGUUCUCUCCGAUUCCCUUCCCUAGUGUUUCUUACAAGCACGACACCAAGAUCCUGAUCCUUGCUUUGGAGCGUCUGCGUGAAUCCUACUCCGUCAAGGGCAGACUCAAUCAGAGUCAGCGUGAGGAGCUCGCUCUCAUCGAACAGGCGUACGAUUCUCCUGGAACGACCCUAGCCAGAAUCAAGCGUUUCCUUUUGACUCAGCGAGCCUUCAAGGAGGUCGGCAUCGAUAUGAACGACAAUUACAGCCAUAUCAACCCCGUGUACGACGUGGAGCCCAUCGAAAAGAUUACCGACGCCUAUCUCGACCAGUACCUGUGGUACCAGGCAGAGCAGCGCCACUUGUUCCCCGCUUGGAUCAAGCCGUCGGAUUCUGAAGUCCCCCCCUUGUUGACUUACAAGUGGGCUCAGGGUAUCAACAACUUGGACAACGUCUGGGAGACUGCCGAUGGCGAGACGAACGUUAUGAUCGAGACCGAGCUGUCCAAGGUCUAUGAGAAGAUGGAUCUUACUUUGUUGAACCGCAUGCUUCGCCUUAUCAUGGACCACAACUUGGCUGAUUACAUCACUUCCAAGAACAACGUGCAGCUCAGCUACAAGGACAUGAACCAUACCAACAGCUACGGUUUGAUUCGCGGUCUGCAGUUCUCCGGCUUCGUUUUCCAAUACUAUGGCCUAAUGAUCGAUUUGCUGCUCCUCGGUCUGCAGAGAGCUAGUGAAAUGGCUGGACCCCCUGCAAGCCCCAACGACUUCUUGCAGUUCAGAGACCGUGCUACUGAGACGAAGCAUCCUAUUCGUCUGUACACGCGUUACGUCGACAAGAUCUGGGUCUUCCUUCGAUUCUCUGCCGAUGAGUCUCGAGACUUGAUUCAGCGCUUCUUGACUGAGAACCCCGAUCCCAACUUCGAAAAUGUCAUCGGGUACAAGAACAAGAAGUGCUGGCCGCGUGAUUGCCGCAUGCGUUUGAUGCGUCAUGAUGUCAACUUGGGUCGCGCUGUAUUCUGGGAUCUGAAGAACCGCCUGCCGAGGUCCAUCACCACCAUCGAAUGGGAUGACACUUUCGCCAGUGUCUACAGCAAGGACAACCCGAAUCUUCUGUUCUCUAUGUCCGGAUUCGAAGUCCGCAUUCUUCCUAAGUGCCGCAACCAAAACGAGGAGUUCUCGGUGAAGGACAGCGUUUGGUCUCUGGUCGAUAACUCGACUAAGGAGCGCACAGCUCAUGCUUUCCUCCAGGUCACGGAGGAGGAUAUCCAGAAGUUCAACAACCGGAUUCGUCAGAUUCUCAUGUCGUCCGGUUCGACGACUUUCACUAAGAUCGCAAACAAGUGGAACACGGCUUUGAUCGCACUCUUCACCUACUACCGUGAAGCUGCUGUAUCCACCGUCAACCUUCUGGAUACUAUCGUCAAGUGCGAAACCAAGAUCCAGACCCGUGUCAAGAUUGGUCUGAACUCCAAGAUGCCUUCGCGUUUCCCUCCCGCAGUUUUCUACACCCCCAAGGAACUGGGAGGUCUGGGUAUGAUCUCUGGAUCCCACAUUCUCAUUCCGGCUAGCGACAAGCGGUGGUCCAAACAAACGGAUACCGGCAUCACCCACUUCCGCGCGGGUAUGUCGCAUGACGAAGAGACCCUGAUCCCGAACAUCUUCCGGUACAUAAUCCCUUGGGAAGCCGAGUUCAUUGACUCCCAGAGAGUGUGGAUGGAGUAUUCACAGAAGCGGCAGGAGGCUCAGCAGCAGAACCGCCGUUUGACGUUGGAGGACCUGGAGGACAGCUGGGACCGUGGUCUUCCCCGUAUCAACACCCUGUUCCAGAAGGAUCGCAGUACGCUCAGCUUCGACAAGGGUUUCCGUCUUCGCGCUGAAUUCAAGCAAUACCAGUUGAUGAAGAGCAACCCGUUCUGGUGGACUAGUCAGAGACAUGACGGAAAGCUGUGGAACUUGAACGCUUACCGUACCGACGUCAUCCAGGCCCUUGGUGGUGUCGAAACCAUUCUUGAGCACACCCUCUUCAAGGCAACUGCUUUCCCAUCAUGGGAGGGUCUCUUCUGGGAGCGAGCUUGUCUUGCUAAGGGUACUCUUCUGCUUAGCUAUGAUGGCACUAAGAUCGCUGUCGAGGAUGUCAAGGAAGGUGAUCUGCUCCUUGGACCUGACGGUGGUCCUCGUCGUGCCUUCAACAUCGUUAGCGGCGAAGAUCGGCUAUACCGUAUCAAGAUGGCGGGCAGCCAGGAAGACCUGGUGGUAACACCAAACCACAUCCUGGUCCUCCAUCGCGAGAAGGACGCCGGAGCUCCUGGUGUGUCAAGUGAUCGUUACGAUACCGUUGAGAUGACCGCAGCUGAGUUCGCAGCACUCGACGAGAAGGAGAGGCGCAAGCAUCUGCUGUUCCGUUCUCCUAGCUUCGAGCAAUCUGAAGUCAAUAUCCUGAUCAACGAGAUUACUCUCGAGUCCGAGGCCACUGAAUGGGCCGGUUUCCGGGUUGACAAAGACCAACUUUACAUGCGUCACGACUACCUCGUCCUCCACAACUCUGGUUUCGAAGAAUCCAUGAAGUUCAAGAAGCUUACCAACGCCCAGAGAUCCGGUUUGAACCAGAUUCCUAACCGUCGUUUCACCCUAUGGUGGUCUCCCACCAUUAACCGUGCCAACGUGUACGUUGGUUUCCAGGUCCAGCUGGAUCUUACGGGUAUCUUCUUGCACGGUAAAAUCCCGACCCUGAAGAUUUCGUUGAUUCAGAUCUUCCGUGCCCACUUGUGGCAGAAGAUUCACGAGUCUGUCGUCAUGGAUCUGUGCCAGGUCUUCGAUCAGGAGCUUCAGCAGCUGGGUAUCGAGACGGUCCAGAAGGAGACUAUUCACCCUCGUAAGUCUUACAAGAUGAACAGCUCUUGCGCCGAUAUCUUGCUUUUCGCAACGAACAAGUGGAACGUCACGCGUCCUUCCUUGCUGUUCGACACCAAGGAUGUCUACGAGCCAACUACGACGAACAAGUUCUGGCUUGACGUGCAGUUGAGAUAUGGUGACUACGACUCCCACGACAUUGAAAGAUAUGUCCGUGCCAAGUACCUCGACUACACCACCGACAGCAUGAGUAUCUAUCCUUCUGCUACCGGUUUGAUGAUUGGCAUUGAUCUCGCGUACAACCUGUACUCGGCCUAUGGACAGUACUUCCCUGGUCUCAAGACUCUUAUCCAGCAGGCUAUGGCCAAGAUCAUGAAGGCGAACCCCGCCUUGUAUGUCCUGAGAGAACGUAUCAGGAAGGGUCUGCAGCUCUAUGCCUCGGAAAGCAACCAGGAGUUCUUGAACUCCCAGAACUACUCGGAGCUUUUCAGUCCUCAGAUCCAGCUGUUCAUUGACGAUACCAAUGUCUACCGUGUCACCAUUCACAAGACUUUCGAAGGUAACCUGACGACCAAGCCCAUCAACGGUGCUAUCUUCAUCUUCAACCCCAGAACCGGACAACUGUUCCUGAAGAUUAUUCACACUAGUGUCUGGGCUGGACAGAAGCGUCUGGGUCAGUUGGCCAAGUGGAAGACAGCAGAAGAAGUGGCGGCCCUCAUUCGUUCCCUGCCUGUUGAGGAGCAGCCGAAGCAGCUAAUUGUUACCCGUAAGGGUCUGUUGGAUCCCCUGGAAGUUCACCUGCUGGACUUCCCCAACAUUUCCAUCCGUGCUUCCGAGCUUCAGCUUCCUUUCCAGGCCGCGAUGAAGGUUGAGAAGCUUGCGGAUAUGAUCCUUCGGGCAACGGAGCCGCAGAUGGUCCUGUUCAACCUGUACGAUGAGUGGCUGAAGUCCAUCUCUCCUUACAUCGCCUUCUCUCGUUUGAUCCUCAUCCUGAGAGCCCUCCACGUCAAUAUCGACAAGGCCAAGAUUAUCCUCAGACCCGACAAGAGUGUCAUCACCCAGGAGCACCAUAUCUGGCCUUCGCUGUCAGAUGAAGACUGGAUGAAGGUUGAAGUGCAAUUGCGUGAUCUGAUUCUGAACGACUACGGCAAGAAGAACAAUGUCAACGUGCAGAGUCUGACGAGUAGUGAAGUCCGCGAUAUCAUCCUGGGUAUGGAGAUCAGUGCUCCUUCCCUGCAACGACAGCAGGCCGCGGAGAUUGAGAAGCAGCAGGAAGAGCAGAAGCAACUCACGGCUGUUACGACGAAGACACAGAACGUCCGUGGUGAGGAUAUCAUCGUCACUACCACGUCGCAGUAUGAGCAGCAAUCGUUUGCUUCCAAGACUGAAUGGCGCACACGGGCAAUCGCGACGUCCAACCUUCGUACGAGGUCGAACAACAUCUACAUCUCGUCGGAUGACGUCCGAGAGGAGGGAUACACCUACAUCAUGCCGAAGAACGUCCUCAAGCGCUUCAUCACGAUUGCAGAUCUGCGUGUGCAAGUUGCUGGAUACCUGUACGGUACCUCUCCUCCUGACAACGACCAGGUGAAGGAAAUCCGCACCAUUGUCAUGAUCCCCCAGGUGGGCAAUACGCGUGAGGUGCAGUUGCCACAGCAGCUGCCCCAGCACGAUUAUCUCAACAACCUCGAACCUCUGGGUGUUAUCCACACCAUCUCUGGAAACGAGCCCCCUUACAUGUCGGCCAUGGAUGUUACACAGCAUGCUCGUUUGAUGAACGCCCACUCCUCCUGGGACAAGAAGACGGUUACCAUGACAGUGUCUUUCACCCCUGGAUCCGUGUCACUUGCGGCCUGGGGUCUCACGCCCCAAGGCUACAAGUGGGGAGCAGAGAAUCGUGAUACCACGUCUGAUCAACCGCAAGGAUUCUCGACCAGCAUGGGAGAGAAGUGCCAGCUGUUGCUCAGUGACAAGAUCCGCGGAUACUUCCUGGUGCCGGAAGACAACGUCUGGAACUACAGCUUCAUGGGCAGCUCCUUCGGCGGAGUGGAGAAGCGGCCGGUGUACGUGAAGAUCGACACCCCUCUGAGAUUCUACGAUGAACAACAUCGUCCAUUGCACUUCCAGAACUUUGCGGAACUGGAAGAUAUUUGGGUUGACCGUUCUGAUAACUUUGCGUGAGCGAUGUGUGGAUGGCGUUGGCAUGAUAAUAUUUUUCUUCUUCUUUUCCCCUUUUAUACGGACGAUUACGCUGUUCUGAAAUUAUUUCCCUAUAUCUUCAAGCCAUGUCUUUUUUUCCCCUCUCAAAGUUUUCUUUCCUUUUGAUGUUCGCAGUAUACAAAAUCCUCUCAUGUGUCUUACUAUGGUUACAUUUUUUGAUAUCGAUGCUUGGCAGCAAGUGAGGGAUGAGAAGCCCAACGGAAGUGGAGAUCCGGUGGCGGGGACGGGGCAAAAAUGGCUGCGCUAUGUACAGUAGACAUGUAGGUAGCGAUGUAUGUUUAAGAAGUUU